AUGGGAAGCUCGACUAUGCAAUUGGAUCACAAUCAUCCUCUGUUUUUGGGAGCAUCAGACACACCCGGAGCUGUACAAAUAGGAAUUCAGCUCACUGGCAUGGAAAAUUAUACACUUGGGAGCAGAGCUAUAAAACUCGCUCUUUUAACGAAAAACAAGCUUGCAUUUAUAGCCGGAUCAAUCACUCGCGAUUUGAAGUUGAUUUGGUUAAAAGAUCUUUGUGAUGGGUAUGACUCAAUAGUGCCCCCAUCUUCCUGUGAAUGUGAGAAAUCAAAGGAAUAUAGUGAGCAUCUUCAGAAGCAGAGAUUAUUGCAGUUCCUUAUGGGCCUAAAUGAUGGAUACCGGAAUGCUUGUGGUCAGAUUCUGAUGAAGACAACAUCCCCGAAUGUGAAUCAAGCCUAUGCAUUGAUCAUACAAGAUGAAUGCCAGAAAUCACUCUCAGGAGGACAAUUUCUAUCUGGUGAGGGCUUGGAUCCAACAGCCCUAUUCACAGCAAGAGGAAUGCAGACAUAG